AUGCCCAGACGUUGGCUGACUAAUGCUGAUGCGCACGGCCCGAGGCAUGGAAUGAUGGAGAAGAGCGCCACCACUUCGCCAAAUACUGCAUCAUUGGUUAACAACCAGAUUCCCACUGUUAGAAACCCCCCACAUAUUGAAAAGCCCCAAAGGGCCAUCCUUAGGUCUCCGCGAGGCAUCUGCUCCUCAGCCCACCCCCCAUCACCCUCAGAGCUCUCGAUCAACGAGUGUUGUGCGCCUCGUGCACCGCUAAGAAGCCACACCGACAAAAAUAUGGGUAUCUCAAAAUCUAACAGAAUCAUUAUCCUGCUGGUGAUUGACUCGGCAUUUUUUCUGCUCGAGCUUGUUGUUGGCUAUGCUGUUCAUUCACUCGCUCUCGUUGCGGACUCAUUCCACAUGCUCAAUGAUGUCUUAUCAUUAUGUGUUGGUCUGUGGGCUGUCAAAGUUGCGAACAACAAGAGCAGCUCAGCAAUGUAUACGUACGGGUGGCAACGAGCAGAAACACUAGGUGCACUAGUGAAUGGUGUAUUCCUUGUUGCCCUCUGUAUGUCCAUCUUCCUGGAAGCUAUUCAACGCUUCGUCCAACCUCAAGUCGUGUCGAACCCAAAACUAGUGAUGAUUGUGGGUAUUUUGGGAUUGGCAUCAAAUAUUCUGGGACUUUUGCUAUUUCACGAACAUGGGCACGGACAUAGCCAUGGCGGCAAAGAGCAUGAUCACAACAGUCAUGAUUCUCUCAGGAAUGCCGAAGAAGGCUUCGGUCACUCUCAUAGAGAUCAGAGCCAAUCUCGAGUCGGAGACGAGGCGGGCAAUAUUGCAGAUGUCCUACCCGAGGCUGUGGUCGGCGUAUGGAAGCCCCGAUCGCAUUCCAAUGCUCACAAAUUCAGCUCCUCUGACGAGGACAAUACUACCGCUGCUCCUACUAGGGCGGCCACUUUCAAUCCUACCGAAAUCAGGGGUCACCGUCGCCGCACAUCAGGAUCGUUUGGUAGAGGUUUUGGCUCGGUUGGUCAUAUACUAAGUCAUCCUGCCUCUUUUCGACAAGAGAUCAUUGCUGCUAGUCGACUGGAAGAACGUCCGGAUUCAGAACCGGAGGAAGAGGCCAUUACAGAUGACUCUGGCCCAUCAUCUCCUAAUGAACGCUCGACGCUUCUAAAAUACGCCAAUGGUUCUUCGAGGAAGCAGUCUUGUUCUCGCGUGGCCGGUUCAGGUGGGCACAAGAGCAACAAGAACAAAGACCACCGUCAUGACUCCUGGCAUGCUGAUCAUCAUCAUGCUCAACCACCUGCUGAAGGAGGUGGUCAUGGCCAUUCACAUGGGGACCUCAAUAUGAGAGGUGUUUUCCUUCAUGUUAUGGGUGACGCACUUGGCAACAUCGGUGUCAUUGCAAGCGCGCUCUUCAUUUGGCUCACAAGCUACAGCUGGCGGUAUUAUGUCGAUCCUGCCAUCUCCCUCCUCAUCACGAUCAUCAUUUUGGCCAGUGCCAUACCUCUGUGCAAAGCCGCCAGCAGAAUCCUACUUCAAGCCGUACCUAUCCAUUUAAGUGUGGACGAAAUCAAAGCAGACAUUGAAGAGCUUCCGGGCAUUGUGAGCUGUCAUCACCUCCACGUUUGGCAGCUCAGCGACACAAAAAUCGUUGCCAGCCUUCAUAUCCAGGUUGAUUGUGAGGUUGAAGGUACUGGAUCAGCAAGUUACAUGCAUCUCGCUAGACAGGUACGAAGAUGUUUGCAUGGAUUCGGUAUUCACAGCUCGACCAUACAGCCAGAAUUCUGCUUGCAAAAUGGUGAGGCAGAGCGCACUCCUACUUCGGGGUCGACGGCCCGAGGGGAUGGAUCAGGCUUCAGCCCAAAAGCAGGUCCUGGCGGCAAGACCAGCAAGGCUGGCAGUGUUACAUCCGACCCGAGUGCGUGUCUGCUGGAUUGUGGAGAGGAGUGCCCUGGCAAAGACCAGUGCUGCCCUUUACCCAUUGCCAAAAAGUGA